UUGGUGUCUUUCCCGUUUCUUGUGAUCGAAGUUAGGGUUCGGGUGGCGAUUUAGUCUUCAGUCUUGCGCGUAUUUCUUUGUUCACAUCUUUCGACCAUGCCUCGCCGAAGCUCUGGAGGAAGGCCAGCCCCUCGUGCUGCUCCUCGUCCUGCUCCAGUGCGUAACCCUCCUCAACCAGCAAGCCAGGCUCCUCCACCUGCCCCUGUUCAGAGCAGUGGCGGCAUGCUUGGUGGAAUUGGUUCCACUAUAGCUCAAGGCAUGGCUUUUGGGGUUGGAAGCGAUAUGGGGCACAGGGCUGUCGAGUCUAUUAUGGGGCCUCGCACCGUUCAUAUGGACACGGCUCCUGCUGCUCAGCCUGUUGCUUCUGCUGGUGCUUCAGAUGCCUGUGACAUUCACAACAAAGCUUUUCAAGAUUGUCUGAACAACUAUGGGAGUGACAUUAGUAAGUGCCAGUUUUACCUCGACAUGCUCAGCCAGUGCCGCAGGAACUCCAGCUCCAUCAGUGCCUAGUCGACUGCUGCAACAAAAAUAUUUGGUUAUUUUAUUGGCAGUGGAUUCUGUCUUCUGAACUGCACUCGAAAUACUAUUGGAAACUUGCAUUUUUAUGUCUUAUGGACCCCGCUUUCAGUGGUGCCUAAAACUUGAAUACUGGGAAUCCUUGGAUUUGAAUAAAAUUAAGGAUUUUUACAGGCCUUUUACUGUGA